UUGCAUCUGGUUGUCGGAAGUGUAAUUGUUUCGGGAAGUGAUCACUUAGGUUAUGAAAUGGCAGGUCCAGGAUUAGAGCUUCUGUUUGCUUCUGUGCGCCCUGUGUUGUCUCGGCCCCAGGAUGCUCUUGUCUGCUUCAUACACUGGGAGUUCGUGAGUCAUGGCUUACGAUGCGUGGGCAUGGGGGACAAAGCUGGCGCUGAUGAGAAGGGAUCUGAGCUACUACCGGAGGGCUGGUGUGACAAUAAAGAGCUCUACACUCUUCGCUACGGCAAAAAUGACACGUCUGAAGUUCUGCUCAAAGCUUUACCCGUGGAGAACACAUUGAUUGUGAACGUACUGGAACUCCAAACUGAGAAGGUCUGUGAUCUAACCCUAAGUAUGGAAGAAUUCAUUGAUCAUGAUAGCCUGCAGCAAUAUGACAGAGUUUAUAAAAAUCUCUCUGAACUGAGGUCUCGUUUUGUUUCUGAAAUUAUAUCUCCACUAUUGUGGUCCAAAGAAGAGAAGAAAGAGGUGACAUCAGAACCCAAGCAAGAUCCACUGAGGGUUCCCAACAGAGAUCCAAGAUCGCAUCCAACUCCAUGGUAUAACCUCCCAAGCCAUCGGACAGACCCUAGACGCAAUUUUCCAUAUGGUGCUGCAGACCUAGAUCCAUUGGGUGGACACUCUGGAGGCAUGGUCUUUGAUCCUUUACGUUCUGGACAGCCACGUCCAAGGUUUGACCCUUUAAGGGGACUUCCUCCAGGAGCAGUGCCACCUGGAGCCCGGUUUGACCCCUUUGGGCCUGUUGGUCCUGGGCAUCCAGGGCCUGACCCAAAUCACCUCCCACCUCCAGGAUAUGAUGACAUGUUCUUGUGAUGCCACAUCUCUAUCUGCAUUGACCCAUUCAGAUCACUGGUUUCUUUAAUGUUCUGCGUUAAACCUUCUUCCUUAAAGAGAGCAAUUACAGUAAAAGUCUGCAGAUCUGCAUUGUCACCUUACAGUUACAUAGCCAUGUACAUCUCCUUUUGUUUUUAACACAGUGCAAGUUAUGCAAGUGCCUAUUUCCAUAAAGAUUUAGUUUUGUUUCAAGUGCACUUUUGCAUAGAUGUUUUGUCCCAUUCCUUACGUCUGCUGUUUCCCCUUUGUACAGAGGAUCCCCCUUCUGUAAAUUAGCAAAAAAAGUUUAUUCUUUUUUUAUUUAUUAAAGUGAAAUAAAUAGCUGCUUGUACAUAA